CUUUAUCUCAAUCAUGUCAUUCUAUGUCUGCAUCGGGAUCAUGUGAAGUAAAGACAACAGGAACAAUAGUAACACUACAUGACGGUGUUAUGGUCACAAAAAUUUCCGAGGCCAGCAUGAACUGUCCCAACCUUCCAAAAUAACAAUUGACAAAAACCUGUCCAGAUUCAAGAUAAAACUUCAACGAGCCAUUCUUCUAGUAGCACUCUUGCAAGACAGAAAAAGAAUUGAGUUACUUUCCUUCAAGAAAAAGAAUUGAGUUACUUUCCUUCCAAAUCAAAAUCGCCAUCCAUGGGAGAGAUUAAUCCAGCUUUCAUCCAAGAUCCCGAGCACCGGCCAAAACUCUCCAUCAUCGAAGCUGAUGGCAUACCAUUAAUUGACCUGUCUCCCAUAAACUCCGCAGACAACUCUUCUGACCCAAAAGCCCUUGACAAACUUGUUAGAGAGAUCGGCAAUGCAUGCAAAGACUGGGGGUUCUUCCAAGUGAUCAACCAUGGAGUACAACUGGAUACGCUCGGAAAGACUGAGGCUGCUGCUCGGAAGUUCUUUGAUCUGCCUUCGGAGGAGAAAAGGCGGAUUUGGAGGGAUGAAAAAAGUGUGUUGGGUUACUACGAUACUGAGCAUACCAAGAACGUACGAGACUGGAAGGAGGUGUUCGAUUUCACAGUGGAGGAACAUAUGUUAAUGCCCGUUUCAGCUGAUCCUGCGGACAACGAAGAGAUAGAGUGGACUAACCAAUGGCCUGAGCAACUUCCAGAACUAAGGGUGUUGUGUGAUGAAUACGCUCGAGAAGUAGAAAAACUAGCUCUCAAGUUGUUGGGACUUAUUGCCUUGAGCCUAGGCUUGCCAGAAAACAGGUUCAACAGCUACUUCAAAGACCAGACAAGUUUUAUCAGGCUCAAUCACUAUCCACCUUGCCCUUCCCCUCAGUUAGCUCUUGGUGUUGGUCGCCACAAGGACAGCGGUGCUCUAACCGUGCUGUCUCAGGAUGAUGUCGGAGGACUGGAGGUGAAGAGAAAAGCAGACGGAGAGUGGAUUCCGGUUAAACCCACCUCAAAUGCCUAUAUCAUCAAUGUUGGUGACAUUCUUCAGGUUUGGAGCAAUGAUAGAUAUGAGAGUGUAGAACACAGAGCGGUGGUGAAUACGGAGAAGGAAAGGUUUUCCAUUCCGUUCUUCGUCAACCCCGCACACUACACCGUGGUCAUGCCCAUGGAGGAGCUGACAGAUGAACAGAACCCGGCGAAAUACAAGCCGUACAACUGGGGCAAGUUCUUGAGUCACCGAAAGCUGACUAAUUUCAAGAAACACAGUGCUGAAAACAUCCAGGUUUCUCAUUUCAGGGUAGAAGAAUAGCACCAAGUAGUUAAUAGUAUUAUUUUCAGAUGAGCAAUAUCUGUGUAAUUUUGCAUCAAAACUAGAAGCAUUUUUCCGAACAACGCUUUUAGAACGCAAAAAUAAGUCGAUCAUCGUCGUGGUUUACA